AGUCAGAAGCAAGCAAACUAAUUCUCACCGAACAGACAGUCGUGCCAGAGCGGAGGCUGCGGUUAGUUCACCUCUCUGACGCUGUUCGUAUAUCAAUAUCAAAAGAAGAAAAUAGAGAAGAAUUCAUUGCAAUUUGUUUAGCUUUCAACUCCUUGUUACCAAGCACGACCAGACUUUCUGUUGUGGAUCGCGGGCUGCAAACACACGCACCCCGCGCUUCUCCAGAUCAAGUAACAACUCAAGGUGAAUGCCGUCAUGCCAUUUGGGUGCCUUGCCCUACGAGACGGGCGGACUUACGAUAGCAUAUCUGAUGUCACAGACAAAUAUGAGUUUGGUCAAGUCCUUCGAGCGAAGGAGUUCUGCGAGCUGUGCCUGGCAAAGGACAGACAAACAGACAAGGUGUUUGUCUGCAAGAAAUUCCUCAAGAAGGACGGCAGGAAAGUCCGCAAGGCUGCCAAAAACGAAAUCAUGAUACUGAAAUUGGUCAAUCACCCAAACAUCCUUCAGUUAAUAGAUGCAUUUGAGACCAGGAAGGAAUACUUCAUCGUCCAGGAACUUGCCACAGGAGGAGAUGUGUUUGACUGGAUUCUGGACCAAGGGAAUUACACAGAGAGAGACGCUUCCAAUGUUAUCAGACAAGUCCUUGAAGCUGUGGCAUACUUACACUCCCUCAACAUUGUUCACAGGAACCUGAAGCUGGAAAACCUGAUGUACUACACAGAAAACAACCAUAACAAAGUAGUUCUACGAGAUUUCUACCUGUCCAGAUUUGAGAAUGGACCCAUCACAGAGCCAUGUGGAACACCAGAAUAUCUGGCUCCUGAAGUGGUGGCUCGUCACCGAUAUGGUCGUCCUGUGGACUGCUGGGCUGUGGGUGUGAUUAUGUUCAUACUUUUAUCUGGUAAUCCUCCAUUUUAUGAUGAAACAGAGGAGGAGAAUACUGACUUACAUAAUCGCAUCAUCUUCUGUCGGAUUGUUGCUGGAGACUUUGAGUUUGAUUCUCCAUACUGGGACGACAUCUCACCUGCAGCUAAGGAGCUUGUCUGUCGUCUUAUGGAAGUGGACCAAAUGCUGAGAAUCACAGCACAAGAUGCACUUUGGCAUGAAUGGAUUGCAGGUAAUGGUGCAUCAGAGAAGAACUUAAAGGACGGUGUUUGUGCCCAGUUUGAGAAGAACUUUGCAAAGGCCAAAUGGCGGAAAGCAAUCCGUGUCACCACCUUCAUGCAACGGCUGAAGAACUCAGAGGCACUGAUUGACAGUUCAGCAGAGGUUCAGAGCAGUGAAGAAGUAGGAGAUGGUGAAGGGGGUGUUUCCCAGGGGACAAGUGAUGAGGGAGAGAAAGGGAUGAGUGAUGGCGGGGUUACAUCAAGUAGCGUGUCUUUAGAGGUUACUGUUGAAAAUACGCCAGUGGGCAUGAACCAGGAAAAGGACACUAUUAAGGUAGGAGAAAAUCAGGAGGAGGUAAAUUUGUCCAUAGGUCCAUCUGUAGGAACUUCCCCAUCAGAUAUUCAAGACCCUCUAGGCCAAAUAAAGUCAAUUCCCAAACUUGCACAGGACGAGAUUAGUAAGGCUUGUUUAAAGAAGGGUGCAGGUGAUGGAACCAGGAAAAUUGCUGCAAAUUUGGGCCAAACUAAAGUUGUUCCAGAAGCCAAACAGACCCCUGCUGUUACAUCUGAGUCCUCAAAGCUGUUGGAAAGUUCCAGCACUAAUCUUGAGAGAAAAAAAACAUCUACUUCCCCUGAUCGUAGCAGCAAACAUAAAAUGGCUGCAACACUUCAUGGCCCUCCACCUACAACUUCUGUUAUUGCUUCAGCCUCACCAGAAAAGAAACCAGCUACCCAAAGCCUACAGAGGGAUGAAAAUGAUAGAAGCUGGUGUCAGACACAAGUGCCUGAAGCAGUGGCAGAAAGGUCAGCGGUAGCACCAGUUACUCCCGUAAUGGGGUCAGGGGCUGCGGUGGAUGUAGGACUAGGAGUCAGGUUAAGGGGUGAUGCUAGUCCUUUAGGUAGAACGGACAGGAAUGCCAGAAGAACAGACAGAUACAGUGCUGAGUUUAGCGCAGGUGCUGGGCCAGUUCAGAGUUGUUAUACGCCAGGCAGCUCUGCUAGUUUGGGCCGUCAUGCCACACCAUACAACCCAGAAGCUGUAACUGUAGGGAUUGGAAUGGCAGGGUGUUAUGGGAGCCCAUACAGUUCCCUGUAUACAAGCGGAGGAGGAGUAGGGAUGUAUGGGACUGGUCUACACCAUGCAGGAGGGGGGAGCAGUGCCACAAGUGACUGGCAAAUGGACAGUGUGAUCGAGCAGAUAGAAAAGCAAAUGGCUGCAGUGCUUGAGAAGAUCGAGGGAGACAUGCCCUCACUGCUUGAGCAAAUCAGUGACUGUCCUGUUGAACCACCACGAGUCAGAAGCACACAUGGUUCUCCGGCUACCUCUCGCACACGCUCCACUCAAUGCUCUUCAACCUCAACCUCGACUACUCCUCCACCACUUCCCACUUCUCCAAGACCUGCACUGCCAUCUCUUCCUCACCUUGCCAUCCCUCCUCCUUCUUAUCCCCCACCCUCUCCACCCACACAAGCUUCACCUCAGACUGCUGGAGAGCAGGGAGACAAGGAUGGACAGAGGGGUGCUGCUCACUCCAGCCAGUCACCCAGAGCUGGAAUGGGCAGGGGGCUAUGAAACAAGUUAUGAGACAAAUGCAAAGCACCGGAAGACUGGAUAUAUAGUUUACACUAGAGGAUUUAAUGAUUCUGUCUCAUCCAGAUUUAUCACUUUCUUGUUACCCAGAUGAAAAGCAACCACUCUGUGUUGUUUGGUUUGGUUGUGCUUUAAUACCAAAAAAACUACCCCUAUGCCAUUCAGAUGCUCUCAUGAAUGAAGUUAAGGGGGUAGUGAAGUUGAAUAGCUCGCUCUGUGAUAGCUGCAAAGAUCAAUGUCUCUAAAGCUGGUUUAUUGCUCGGAUCCAGAUGUGUGCCUGCAUGUCAACCACAACUAAAUGAUACUGGAAUAUCCAAGCACUCAGCACAGUUUACAAAUGGUCAGUCUACACAUAAUAUAACAGUGUGAUACAAAAAGUAAGAGGUAAGCGCUAAGGAAGAGUUAGUUUGCAUUAUUCUCCAUAAAGUGUAAAUAAGUGUACAUGUCAAGUCAGUAUAUAUAUAUAUAUAUAUAUAUAUAUAUAUAUAGAGAGAGAGAGAGAGAGAGAGAGAGAGAGAGAGAGAGAGAGAGAGAGAGAGAGAGAGAGAGAGUUCCUGAUCCUUAGAUUUUUCUCCCCCCUGGGUGUGAACUUCCCCAUAUCCAGAUUCAUACUUUUAUGUUUUCAAAGCAGCCCCUCCCAUCUCUAUUUCUUAUUGUUUUUAUUUAUGUAGCUUUUCAUUCAGUUGUGAGGCUUGGAGUCACACAGUUGUACAGAAAUAUGUCAAGUUGAUCAAAACAGUUGGUUCCAGCCAGCUGUUAGAAAUUGAAACUUGUUACAUGACAUGGUGUCCUUAAAUUUUAACUGUAACUUAAAGUCCUGUGAGUUGCUACACACCUGUUGGGGGGUUGAAGAAAAUUAUUUUUAAGCAUAUUGUAUAAAGGCUUUGCAAUAUCACUCAAACAUAAGAUUUCUCUUGUUUCUAAAGUCCUUCAAAAAAAUUGAGCCUGCAAACUUUUUUUAUUUGACACCAGUUUUGUUAACACACUUGCUUUGGUAAUGUUAAUUAAACAGUCCUGUCUUUUUGCACAUAUUUAUCAUGUAAAAAUGUCUCUUCGAAUUUAGUUCUGCUCUUUGGGUGUAUGUUAUACCAGAUUCUGUGCUUUACUCCCGAAUUAAAGCACCAUUAUUCUGCUCCUAUGUAAACUGUGCUCUGUUUGCAAGUCUUUCAAUAAAGUAAUAAGUUUAAAACAG